GCUCUGGAUCUACUCUGUAUGUCCUAAACAAAGGCUUUUUACACAUACACUAGGAUCUGCUGAAUCUUCUCUGCUGCCCCUGUGUGCUGCAUUUCCUUUCCAUUUACUUCACCAUUGGAUCCUUCUGCUUGGCACUGCGUCCAUUUCUAUUCAUAAUUCUCCUCAAAGGUUGACUCACUCAAGUAAAAUAAAGGCCUGCCUGAACUUAAUUACUGAAACCAUGGUGUGGCUUUGCUGCUGACCUGCACACAAGUGUCAUUUUUAAAGUGCCACCUUGCUAGCACUUGAGAAAACAACAUCAGCAUCAGCAUCAGAUCAAAUCCUUUCUCAUUUUCUUCAGUUUAUUUUCUCACAUGCAGCAAAUUGCAGGAGAUGACUUGACUCCUCCACCUUUCCACCACUAUUCAUCAACUACCUAUAGUAGGAGGGGACCUUCUUCUUCUUGUUGUUGUUCAUCCCUCUCUCUUUCUUACACUCACUUUUGUUUUGUCAGUCCAAGCUUCAACAAUUGAGUACUUUUUGUGAGGCCCAGUAGUGUCUGUAAUUGCAGCAGUGCCCUACCAUUCUCUGCUUUACUUUUCUAGAAGGAGAAGAAGAAGAAGCAGAGGAGGAGGAGACAUCUUGAGCUUUUGCAUAAGCACCGAUCGCCAUCCAGAGCUCCAUGUCCCAAUUGCACACACAGACACACAAAAGCUCAGCAUUAACAGGAGCUCUGCUGCUAGCCACAAUAGCAAAAUAAGCAGAGCUCAGCUGCUCUGCUUUCUGUUUGCUGGAGGUCUGGGUCGUCGUCGUUGAUGGCGGGCGGCUGCUACGGCAGGAGGAGGCUCUCGGAGCUGCUCCAGGAGCAGCAGGAGCCGUUCCUCUUCCUCCUACCUCUCCACGGCCACGGCGGCGGCGAGGCGCCGUGCUGCUCUGCGCUGGGCAGGGCCGCGAGGAGGGCGCUGCGACCCGGCUACGGCUGCUUCCCCUGCGGCCGGCGGGAGAAGUUCCGCCGGCUUCCGCGCGGCGGCGACAAUGGCGGCCCCAGCGACGACGACGACGAAUUGGGCGGCGGCGAUGGCGCGAGGCAGCAGCUCAGCCCGGUGUCCGUCCUGGACGUGCUGCAGUACGACUCCGACUCCGACGAGGAACCGACAUCGUCGUCGUCCCCGCCGCUCAGCAGCUGGGAGGAUGAUGAUGACGAUGAGAAGGGGUCAACGGCGUCAGGGAGCUCGCCACCGCCGGCCGAGCAGCGCGAAGACCUCACGCCCGCCAAGACCGUCGCGCGCGAAGCCAUGGCCGCGCUGGUGGAGCUCGAGCUGUCGUCCGGGUCAACAAGGCGGCAAUGGCGGCGGCGGCAGCGUCUCUGGGAAGAAGACGAAGAAGAGAGCGAGGCGGAGGAGGCGUCGCGGGUAGGGGAGAGCAUCGAGGCCAUGAUCUUCGAGGAGAUCCGAGCGGAGGCCGUGCGCGACAUGAUCGAUUUCCGGCUGUAAAUUUGGGGCCAUGCCCAGGCGCAGCACCUUGCUGCAGACGAUUUCUUCAGGUCUAAUGUCUUGUCUGAAUCCUGUUACAAAGCAACACCUCAUCUCUGAUGACAAACUUCCUUCUCUGUCGUCAGGCCUUGUCUGAAAAGAAAUGCAUACAGAUCCUUGUCUGAAA